AACUUGGAAGAAUAACAACCUUUUUCCCACCAAAUAACCAAAAACAAAACCCUCCUCCUUCUCCUCCAUUAAUUCUCUCACCUCCACCAUGAAGAAGAAGCACACUCCCACCACUUUCGAACCAGAAAUGGACCCCACCGAAACCUCAACCUUUGAUCCAACGGCGGACAUCUGCUCUCAACUAAUCCAACGGUACUCAUCAUCCUCGGCACCACAACACCGCCACCUCAGCGCCACCGGCGCCAUUAAAUCUCUCCUUCUAGAAGAUUCACUCCCUCUAACUCCUCUCUCUUACUUCGCCGCCACAAUUACUUCUCUAUCUCAACCUCAAAACGACGCCGCUUCAGCCUCCGCUCUCGCCACUCUUCUUUCCAUUGUUCUCCCUCUUGUUCCAGAAUCUUCCAUUUCUCCGCAUAAAGCGGCGGAUGCGGCGGUGAUUUUAGUUAGGUUGUUGGGGAGUAAGGAUACAGAAUUGCUUGUAGGGUCCACUGCUAGUGCUAAAUGUGUGGUUAAGUCUUUAGGGGUUUUAGUAGGGUUUUUGAAUUCCGCUGAUUGGGAUUCUGUUGAAUUGCCUCUUGAAACGUUGAUUAAAUGGUCGCUCGAUAAGCGCCCUAAGGUUAGAAAAUGUGCUGUAAUGUAUUUAGAGAACGCUCUUAAAAUUUUCCAAUCUGGAAAGAUGAAGAAAAAGGCAAGUAAAUCAAUUUUGUCUUUGCUGGAAAAUUACACGUCGAUUGCAGUGAAAUUGGGUAUGCUACAAAAUGCAGAUGGAUCUGGAAUUGAGAGACAAUAUGAAGCCGAGCAGUCAGACUUUGUCCAAGUGCUGAAUGUUGUGAGGGUUGCCUUGCCAUAUCUCUCUGACAAAAUCAGUGAAAAGAUAAUAUUGAAACUUAUUGAGCUUCUUGAUACACGCUCUUCUAUGUUCGCAAGGCCUGUUCUUAAUGCUAUCGAAGGAUUCUUAGAAAAAGUGGAAGUUGGAAUGUUUCCUCAAGUUGCUGAGAAGAUAAUUAGUUCCCUUUCAUCAUAUGUAUCUUCAAACCCGAACUCCGAGGAUAGCAUCAUCUCUGCGGCAAGCUUACUGAAGAUCUCUCUUGACAAACUUCAUGCCAGAGACACUAGCAAAUGGCAAAAGAGUCUUUCCAUUGGUUUUAAUGCUCUUGCAGGCCUUCUUACUCGUGACAAUGAUAUUGGUUUGAAGUCUUCAAAUAUUUUGAAGAACCUGAUUGCCGAUCAAUUGUCUGACAUUGAGUUGCAGCCAGCUUGUGAUUUAGAUGAGAAUGAUGAGGAAUCAAAGGCAAUUACAUCUAUCUGCUGUACCUUCAUUAAAUUGCUAGAUUCUUUUGCUGGGGUUCCCAAUGAACAUGUGCUAUCGGUUCUGUCUGUUCUGUUCCUCAAACUCGGUACGUCACAGCUCAUUCCCUAUACAAGGAAUAUUGUCCUUAAGUUGGCGGAGAUUUUUACUCAUGCUGAUGGCAACAAAUACGACACAGAUAAUUUGCAAAAGUGUUUUGGCUGUGCUGUAGCUGCAAUGGGAGCUGAAAAUAUUCUAAGACUUGUACCAGUUUCUUUUAAUGUGGAAAACUUAACAUAUGCAAACAUGUGGAUGUUGCCCAUUUUAAAGAAGUAUACCUGUGGAUCCCUUGGAUAUUUCAUGGAGCAGAUUGUUCCCAUUGCUCAAUCACUCCAAAAGGCUUCUCAUAAAGUUAAAAAAGUAAUCCGACAAGAACUGCAGGCUCAUGCUCAUGAAUUAUGGGGUCUCUUACCUGCAUUCUGUCGCCAUCCAACUGAUGUUAGCAUGAGUUUUCAAUCUUUUGCCGAAUUGUUGCUCGUUCGGCUAAAGAAAGAUUCUUCUAUGUAUGAAGAUAUUGCUGAUGCCUUGCAGGAACUUGUAAAACAAAACCAGUGUUUGCCUAAACCUGAUGCUGCUAUUGUUGAAUCCAUAAAGCUUUCAUCUGACUUUUCUGUGGAAGAUUACCUUUUGAAGAACAGAAACUUACUCUGUUAUUCCAAGAAAGCUGCUGCCAAAAAUAUCAAGGCUUUGUCUUUGUAUUCACAUGAACUGCUUAUGACCUUAAUGACUCUUUUUCUUGAUGCAACUCCUGAAAAACGUUCUUCUCUAAAGAAAGCUAUCAGUUGUUUGGCAUCAAUCGACUCUUCAAUAACCAAGAAGAUUUUCAUCUCGUCUCUUGAGAGGUUCUCGUUGGUGAAGCCUGCUUCUGUACCAGGCGAUUCUGAUCCAUUGGAUUCAGCUUCUUUUUUACACUAUUGAUUUAUAACAGUUGGCUUCAACUUCUGUAGCUCUUUGAUCCUUGAUUUAGCUUCAUCCAUCGUAGAAGGAGCUGAUGAGGAUCUUGUUGGUCUUAUCUUUAGAUUGUCCAAACAUGCACUGCAGGCCGGUGAUGGCGUAGGUUUUAAAGAAGCUUACCAUACUUUGAGCUGUGUUCUAGAGGAACACCCUCAGUUUUGUUCAUCAAAAAUGGAUGAGCUAGUUGACCUUGUAAUUGGCUUGAAGUCUCCUGGUGACAUUGCUUCUUUCAGCAAUCGCUUAAGUAGUCUUCAGUUAUUGUUGGUCCAUGCUUUGAAGAGCAGUUCAGAUGCAGAGAACACAAAGCCUUUUCUUCUUCUGAAUGAGAUAAUUCUUGCGCUUAAGGAUUCCAGGGAGGAGGCCAGAAGAGUAGCUUAUGACACCUUGCUCAGAAUAAGUUCCUGCUUAGUAGAUUCACCUGCUGCUAAUCCUGAUGGAUCAUACCACAAACUGAUUAAUAUGAUUCUGGGAUAUCUCUCUGGCCCAUCACCUCAUAUAACAAGUGCAGCCAUCUCUGCUUUGUCUAUGCUUGUAUUCAAGGAGCCGGAGCUCUGUACAAAAGUUCCUGAUGUGAUUUCCUCGGUCGCAUCUUUGCUGCAGACUAAAGCUGUGGAAACUAUCAAGGCUGUUUUGGGCUUCAUCAAAGUAUUGGUUUCAUGCCUAAAGUCAAAGGACUUGCAGAAUUUUGUUCCCGUUAUUGUAGAUGGAAUUAUUCCAUGGUCAUGUGUCUCACGACAUCAUUUCAGAUCAAAAGUUACUGUCAUAUUGGAGAUCAUGAUAAGAAAGUGUGGUUUUCCUACAAUAAAGAUGGUGACUCCUGAAAGAUACCAGCCCUUUAUCAAGAAGGUUUCACAGGACCGUCAUGGGAAGACAACCUCAAAUGAAGCUGAUGCAAAGCCUCAACCUUCAGAUGUCUCUACAAACGGGCCAAAGAAGAGGUCAUAUAAGGAGACAAAUGAAAGCGAAAGUGGUUCAAAAUUUCAGAACAAGAGGAGAAAGUAUGACCAAGAUUCUCAGUCUCCUGGUGGCACUAAGAGUAAUGUGUCGAGAUUUGAUAAAAAGCCCAAUCACUUUAAGCAUAAAACAGCUAAUGUUGGUCAAAAUCAAAGAGGGCGAAAUUUUGGCAAACCAUCCAGCACACCAAUGAGACAUGGACCUAAGAAUGGCUAUAAGGGAAAAUCAAACCGAUAGUUGUUGCUGAGGAAGCAAAAGUUUUGAAAGUAGAGGUAGAGUUGGCAAACUAAUGAGCCUAUUUGGGGUAAAUAUGGUACAGCAAUAUCAUCACGGUGAUCUUGUUAGUUGUUACCGUUUAGAUUGCCGACUUGAAACGACUCCCCCUCGAUUUUUCGGGGGGUUUUGAUUAGCUUUUUGUAUUUUUACCUCUCCCCAUUGCUUCAGCACAGGCUCACAGCUACAUUGUAGUUGGCUUUGUAAAAUUUUGAUUUAGAAAGGUGUUAGCCUCUUGGAAAGUAA